AUGACAGAGAUCCAUCUUAUUGCUACUCUCCGGCCUAAAACCGGCAAGGAAUCUCAACUGCGAGAUAUCCUCAGAGAAACAACGUCCCACGUCACUCUCGUUGAGAAACAGUGUUUGUCAUUCCUGCUGACCGAGAUGACCGAUGGCAACGGUAGAGUGAUGGUCAAAGUUAUCGAGAGAUGGGCCACUGCGGAAGCUCUGAUUUGCCAUCAACAACGGGACUGGUUGAAGAGCAUGUACCGGCGAUUCGAAGUCGAGGAACUGUUGGAGGGACCCGAAAUUAUCGAGAAUUUGCUAUUUGUCGAUGGCUUUGUGUCGCGAUGA